AUGCAAGAAAUAGUUUUAAUCACGGGAGCAACGGGGUUCAUUGGGUUCAAAACACUCCUGUUAGCCCUCGAAGCUGGACAUACCGUGCGAGCAGUCAUACGGAAACCUGAGCAAGCUCAGAAAUUGAAGACUCAUGUCAAGAUUGUUCCACAUACGGACAGACUGGAGUUUGCGGUCGUGCCAGAUUUGACCAAGGACGGCGCGUUGGACCAUGUCCUUGUGGAUGUUAUGGCUAUUUUGCAUAUUGCUAGCCCUUUAGAUAGAGCGGCCGACGACUAUGAACGCAACAUCAUUAGUCCAGCUGUCGGAAUGAUUACUUCUCUCCUCAAUUCUGCGAUCAAAGUGCCUACCAUAAAGAGAUUGAUCAUUACAUCCUCGAUGACCACUCUAAUUCCCUUUGAAUGGUUCGCCAAACCUGAGGGUCGGAUUUAUACGGCCAAAGAUCGCAAUCUCAAUCCACGCCGUUCAGUCUCACUUCCCAUGGAAGCGUACUGGACUUCAAAAGCACUUGCCCGCAACGCUGUGCAUGACUUCGUUGAGACUCGUAAACCGCACUUCGAGACAAUUCAAAUGCUCCCUGGCGUUGUUAUGGGCUCGGAUGAUCGUGCAUCGAGCACAGCGGAUCUGAGGAAUCAUACGAAUCAAUGGGCGUUGAGACUGUCCCCUAUCCUCGGAGAAAAGCGAACCGAUUCCAUGGUUGGCGUUCCAGUCGAUCUAACCGAUGUAGCGAGAGCGCAAGUCGAGGCCAUCAACCCGUCGAUUCCUGGGAAUGUUGAUUAUACUCUUUGUGCCGAGUCACCAGAGGGAAUAGUGUGGGAUUCCAUGAAUGAAGUGGCUAAGAAGUAUUUUCCAGACCGAGUGGGAAGCGAAGAGAUGCCGUUGGGUGGAACGUUGCCAACUAUGACGUGGAGGGUCGAUGCUCGAGAAACCGAGCAGGUUUUUGGCUGGAAGUUUUCGACAUUUGAGGAAAUGAUGAAGGGUGUGUUUGAGCAAUACCUUGAACUUGUCGAUGCGGAGAGAUAG